AUGAAGUUUGUAUUGGCGGUGGCCUUUUUUGUUUUAAUUUCCUUGUGUGUUGAAGAAGCCUGUUCUAAAGAGAAGUCUUCAAAGAAAGGGAAGGGGAAAAAGAAGCAGUACCUAUGCCCAUCGCAGCAGUCAGCCGAGGACCUUGCCCGAGUACCGGCCAACUCCACUAGCAAUAUCUUGAAUAGGCUAUUGGUCAGUUAUGAUCCCAGGAUAAGACCAAAUUUCAAAGGCAUUCCUGUUGAUGUAGUUGUCAACAUUUUUAUCAACAGUUUUGGAUCUAUUCAAGAGACAACAAUGGAUUAUAGAGUCAACAUCUUCCUGAGACAGAAGUGGAACGACCCCAGACUGAAGCUGCCUAGCGAUUUCCGGGGCUCAGAUGCCCUGACGGUGGACCCCACGAUGUACAAGUGUCUGUGGAAACCUGAUUUAUUUUUUGCAAAUGAAAAAAGUGCCAAUUUUCAUGAUGUAACCCAGGAAAAUAUUCUCCUCUUUAUUUUUCGGGAUGGAGAUGUCCUCGUCAGCAUGAGGCUAUCUAUUACUCUUUCGUGCCCUUUGGACUUGACCUUGUUUCCCAUGGAUACACAACGUUGCAAGAUGCAACUUGAGAGCUUUGGUUACACAACUGAUGACUUACGAUUUAUCUGGCAGUCAGGGGAUCCUGUUCAAUUAGAAAAAAUUGCCUUGCCUCAAUUUGAUAUUAAAAAGGAAGAUAUUGAAUAUGGUAACUGUACAAAAUACUACAAAGGCACUGGGUACUACACGUGCGUGGAGGUCAUCUUCACCCUGAGGCGGCAGGUGGGCUUCUACAUGAUGGGUGUCUACGCCCCAACCCUGCUCAUCGUGGUUCUGUCCUGGCUGUCCUUCUGGAUCAACCCCGACGCCAGCGCUGCCAGAGUGCCCCUGGGCAUCUUCUCAGUGCUCAGCUUGGCCUCUGAGUGCACAACCCUGGCUGCGGAACUUCCCAAGGUGUCUUACGUGAAGGCUUUGGACGUGUGGCUCAUCGCGUGUCUGCUCUUCGGGUUUGCGUCCCUGGUGGAGUACGCGGUCGUCCAGGUGAUGCUCAAUAACCCCAAGAGAGUCGAAGCGGAAAAAGCCAGAAUUGCCAAGGCUGAGCAAGCAGAUGGGAAGGGGGGGAGUGCAGCUAAGAAGAACACUGUGAAUGGCACGGGCACACCUGUUCACAUCAGCACCUUACAGGUUGGAGAGACCAGAUGCAAAAAGGUUUGUACGUCCAAGUCUGAUCUGAGAUCUAACGACUUCAGCAUCGUGGGAAGCUUACCGAGAGAUUUUGAAUUGUCCAAUUAUGACUGCUAUGGAAAACCCAUUGAGGUCAACAACGGACUUGGGAAAUCCCAGGCCAAGAAUAACAAGAAGCCGCCUCCUGCCAAACCCGUUAUUCCGACGGCAGCGAAGAGGAUCGAUCUUUAUGCAAGAGCGUUGUUUCCUUUCUGCUUCUUAUUUUUCAACAUUAUCUACUGGUCUAUAUAUUUAUGA